AUGCGGGGUUUUGCAGAUUCGUUCUGGACUCCCGACUAUGCCAGCGGAUUGGGUGUCCUGAUAUCCAAGUUGCAGCAGGGCAUAGUGGAGAAUCAGCAAAUACUCACCAUUGCCAACAUGCGUGCCGCUGCGGAGGAACAAUACAGCUCAAAACUCGGCGAAAUAGCUCCCGCAAUCGAUCGCAUGACGAAUGGCUUUGCAAGAGAUGAUGGUGCCAGUGUCCGAAAGGCGUACGAGGGGAUCCGCAGCGAAAUGAUCGAAGCGACAAAAAAUCAUCAGAAAAUCGCAAACAGUAUCCGUGAACUCGUCGUCAACCCCUUUGGUCGCUGGGCCGACCAGCACGAACUUCGAAUCCUCAACAGCCAAGAAGAGCUCCAGACCAGGAUCAAGGAGCACUAUAAGCAGUCAGAGACCGUGAAGAAGCUGAGGACCCAGUACUUCAACAAAUGUCGCUUGGUCGAGGACUUGGAAGAGGAGAACAAAUUGGCUUUUCAAAGCCCCGAAAAGGAGAGUGCUGAUAGCCCCAAAGCUGCGCCUCCUCAUCCACCAACCAUCGUGCUUCCUGAUGCUUCAGAAGACUUCGAACCGGUGGAACUGGGGGACAAAAUUUUUCCACCAGAAGAGCUCAAGAAACUGUUGACUCAUAUGUUGGAAUCCAUUAAACUCGGGGAGGUUAAGUUUCCCAUUUUAGGCACAUAUCAAAAUACGUCCACUGGUGCAGACAUUGUGGACUUUAUUCAGAAGAGCAUGGGUGCGUCGACUAUCAGCUAUGCGGAAAGAAUCGGCCAGGAUCUGGUGGACAAUGGUUUCUUGCGCCUUGUUGGAAACGUCGGCAGCACUUUUGCCAACAGCUCGAGAAUGAAUUACCAGUGGCGUUCAAAAUCCUUCCAGAUUUCAGGUAUUCCUGAGAAAAAGAAGCCGCUGAUGCGGGUCACAUCGAUGGGGUCUGGAGGUGACGAGGUUGCGGACUCUCCCACUGCUGUUGCUGUUGCUGAUUUAUUCUCCCAAUGGAACCCACUUAAUAACUCGAAUCCUAAUGAGACCCCCGCCCAAAGGCUUCGACGCGAAGCCCGGGAAGCCGAUGAGCGAUACAAGGCUGCAGUGAAAAAACUCGACCGCUUACGAUGCCAUCUUGAGGAAGAAAUGAUAGACUAUCUCAAGUUCAUGGAACGCUGUGAACUAGAUCGCUUGAAGGCUAUCAAAGCGGUUGUGUUAGAUUUCUCGGGAGCGAUUAGCAAUGUCGUUCCGUCUCUGCGCAGCACAGUCGACAAGAUGAUGCUAUAUCAAGAGACUAUCCAGCCCCUUGGGGACCUGAGGUAUUUGUUGGAGAAUUAUCGUACUGGAGCAUUUGUGCCCCGCGUUCAGCCUUAUGAGAACUAUUAUGGCAAUGUUGACGACUAUCCAGACCUCGAGGGAGACGAAGCGCGCCGUGCUAUUUGGCUGCAUGAGGUUCCUCUUGUCGUCUCGCAUCAUUUACGCAAUGCUUUGAAUAAUGGAAAGCCAUUUAGCCAUGAAGUUUUAGAAAAAUACGACAUACCCGUUGUUGCGAAUGUUUUGAAAUUAUAUCUUCUUGAACUCCCUGAUUCUCUUGUUUCGUCUCAAGUUUACGAAAUCGUGAAGACGGUAUAUACCACGACAAAUGAGGCUCCUGCCGAAAGUCGCGUCAAGGUUCUUCAGAGUACUCUUGGACAGCUCCGCCUGAACAACAUCGCCACUCUUGACGCUAUCAUUACUCACUUUACUCGCCUGAUAGACCUCACAUCCGCAGACGAAGCCUACGUUACAGCCCUAGCACAAAAUAUGGCGCCUUGUAUUCUCCGCCCACGGCUCGAGAAUAACCUCACCAUGGAUGAACGACACAGCUACCGCCUCCUUCGCGACCUUUUCGACCACAAGGAUGAAAUUUUUGGCGAACUGAAGCGCCAAUCAAGCACCUUGGGUAGCCUCGGGCCAGGAUCGAGACCCCGCGCCAUCAGCACUGACGAAAGCAACCGGCGCGCAAACAUGGAGGCCCGCCAACGAGCUAUCGUCGAUCGCAGCCGUGCCAAUAGCCCCGCCCCAGCCAACCGGCACAGACGUGAUAAAUCAAUCGGCGGCGAAUCAACCCGCUUCCCUGUCAACGUCAGCAGCCCUCCAGCAUCUGCCACGGGCCGAGGACCUCGCCAUAGUCUCGAGGUCCCAGAUUCAGCCGGCUCGUCUCCAGCCGCAGAUCGUACCGGCAAACCCACCAUUCCAUCCGCAACAGUCCGCGACUCCAUAACCACCAAUGGCAGCGCCGGCGCUAGCACCGUUGGCGGCGACCACACUGCAACUGAUAGCAUUAGCUCGACCACCACAUUAUCUGACCCCCACGCGCCCGCCAGUACUACCAACAACGUCAUGGAGAAGAGCAAUUCCUUAUCCCGUUCGAGCGGGCGGUAUAGCCGCAUCACUGGGUUAAAGCGCGAUAGCGUGGUAGAGAAUGACAAGGUUGCAUCCGAAGCUCCGAAACCUGCCGGUGUGACAUUGCAGGAUGCGCCGAUGGAUGACUAA